ACUACCGCUUUAAAUAAAAUAAUGAAAAAAAAGCGUUCAUGUGCGUCACCACAAUAACACAACAACAAUCCCUGAACGGGAUAUCUCAGUGAAUCCCUCACCACAUUCUUCUUAACCUUCAGCUGUCUGGCUGAACAGGUGUGAAGCCACAAUAGUCCAGUUAUGUCCUUCCUCAUAGUGGAAUGGAAUACACAGGGACCGUCCCCCUUACAGGAACUUUACAGACUUGUAACCAGAGAGUGGGAGCCAAGAGAGCUGCGAGGAAAUGGAUUUCACUGCCAUACAUUUUAUUCUCCUCAUUACAGCUGGGACAGUCCUCGGCUCUGAUGAUGAAUCCCGUCUUGUUAAAAACUUGUUUGAAAACUAUAACAAAGUUGUUCGUCCAGUCAUGAAGUUUAAGGAAGCAGUUGUUGUAACAGUUGGUCUUCAGCUUAUCCAGCUUAUUGAUGUGGAUGAAGUCAAUCAAAUUGUGACAACUAAUGUUCGACUUAAGCAGCAAUGGGUGGAUGUUAAUCUCAAGUGGGACCCUGCAGAAUACGGAGGGAUAGAAAAAGUUCGGAUCCUUUCUGGUGAUAUCUGGCGCCCUGAUUUAGUUCUGUAUAACAAUGCAGAUGGUGACUUUGCAAUAGUCCAGGAAACUAAGGCUCUUCUGGAUUACACAGGGAAAAUUGUAUGGACUCCACCAGCUAUAUUCAAAAUCUACUGUGAAAUGAUAGUCACUUAUUUCCCAUUUGACCAGCAAAACUGCAGCAUUAAGCUUGGAACAUGGAGCUAUGAUGGAACAGUUGUUGUUAUAAAUCCAGAGAGUGACCGCCCUGAUAUGAGCAGCUUCAUGGAGAGUGGAGAAUGGUUAAUGAAGGAUUAUCAAUGCUGGAAGCAUUGGGUCGUCUAUGACUGCUGUCCUGACACACCAUACUUGGAUAUCACCUAUCAUUUCCUCAUGCAACGUCUUCCUCUAUACUUCAUUGUCAACGUUAUCAUCCCCUGUCUUCUCUUCUCCUUCCUUACUGGCUUGGUGUUCUAUCUGCCCACAGGUUCAGGUGAAAAAAUAACUCUAAGCGUCUCUGUUUUGCUGUCCCUGACUGUGUUUCUUUUGGUCAUUGUUGAGCUGAUCCCAUCCACCUCGAGUGCCGUGCCACUGAUCGGAAAGUACAUGUUAUUUACAAUGAUGUUUGUCAUAGCUUCCAUCGUCAUCACUGUCAUUGUGAUCAACACUCAUUUCCGCACCCCAAAUACUCACAUCAUGCCCCAGUGGGUAAAAAAGAUUUUUAUUGAAACUAUUCCAACUUUGAUGUUUUUCUCUACUAUGAAACGUCCUGCACAAGAGAACAAAGGAAAGAAGAUUUUUACAGAAGACAUCGAUAUAUCAGACAUUUCUGGAAAACUGGGUCCUGCCAAUGUGACAUACCAGUCUCCAAUCUUAAAGAACCCUGAUGUCAAAAAUGCUAUAGAAGGAGUCAAGUAUAUUGCAGAGUCCAUGAAUUCUGACCAGGAGUCAAAUAAGGCUUCAGAAGAAUGGAUAUUUUCUGCAAUGGUUCUAGAUCAUCUCCUUCUUGCAGUCUUCAUGAUUGUGUGCAUCAUUGGAACAGCAGCAGUGUUUGCCGGACGUCUUAUUGAGCUACAUUUGCAGGGCUGAAAAAGGACAUGUAAUUGUAACUGCUUUCCAGUAUCUGGGUGCAUUGUCUUCCAACUGGUGGCCUGCUUUCAGAUCAGCGUAGAGUGACUGUUACAUAACAAAAACUUCUAAGAAACACUGUGCCAGUAAAGAAAAAAGCAAAUACUUAUCCUCUUGGUGCUGCUAAGCAUAAAUUACAGACACUUCCAGGAAUUUCGAUCUCGUUGGUCCCCCCAUCAUUCAGGGGUUC